AUUUAAACAGCUCACAUUAUAAGGUAGGUGAACUAUAUUUUUCUGUUUUUGAAGAAGAAGAAGCUAAAUGUCACUCGUUAGAUCCCUCCUCCCUCCCUUCAGUUUCUCUGAGCUAUGGAGCGUCUGAAGUUGGUCCUGCAGUACUUCCAGUCCAACUCCGAGUCCAUCUCCAACGGUAUCUGCAUCAUCCUGGCGCUGGUCAGCGUCAAGCUCUACACCAGCUUCGACUUCAACUGCCCGUGCCUCCCCCAGUACAACAAGCUGUACUCCCUCGGGGUGAUGAUCGUGCCGCCCAUCAUCCUCUUCUUCCUGGGGAUCAUCGUCAACAGACACACGGGGGUCAUGAUGGACGAGUGGGUGAGACCCAUCGGGAACCGAUCCAAAAACCCUGAAGUGGUCAAGCACCUGUUCUCGUCCAUGCUGCAGAGGGCUCUGCUGGCUCCCAUGGUCUGGAUCCUGGUCACUCUGCUGGACGGAAAGAUCUUCAUCUGUGCCUUCAGUGUGAGCGUGGACCCGGAACUCUUCUCAGGUUUGCCCAACAACACUGGUCUGGAAAUGAUUAAAAUCAUGGCCAAAGUCCCGUGCAAAGAGGACGUCAUCUUCAGGAACAGUUCUUUCCGUAAAGCAGUCUCCCGUUACGUUCGCUGCUAUUCACAGGCGGUCGGCUGGUCCAUCCUCCUGUUCAUGAUUAUCCUGGGAGCGAUGGUUCGCCUCAUCAAACCUUUCUUCGACCACCACGCCGCCUUCCUGCAGACGCGCUACUGGAGCAACUACCUGGACGUGGAGCAGAAGCUCUUCGACGAGACCUGCGUCCUUCACGCCCGAGACUUCGCCCGGAAGUGCGUGGUGCAGUUCUUCGAGGACAUGAGGGAGGACGCGGUGCUUCGUCUCCCCCAUCCGCCGUUCAUCAGCGACUUCAAAGACAUGUGGGAGGACGAAGAAGAAGAGCGGCUUCAUGGGAUAACGAGGCAGGAGCAGGUGGACCAGCUACUCGACAAGUGGUACCACAGUAAACCUGAGCUGGAUGUGACCCGGAUUGCGCACAGACCCAGGACAUGUGUCACCUGGGAGGACCGUGAUGGAAGGACUUUAUAUUCGGAUGUUUAGGGUUUACUCCGCAGUGUUUGGGUCAGAUGUAGUUUAUCACACAUAUUAGCAGUGAGCUUACAUUGAAGGUUCACUUAAUGAGCGUUCAGACUCAUCUCACCGUCUUCACUCUGCAAAUGGUUCUUGCACAGGUGUCCACAAAACAACAGAAUCAAGAUUUUAUUUUUGAAUGACUGGUUUUAUUGGAUAUAAGAUGCCAUCCUCCAUCUUUCUCUGACAUCCUAGAGAGGAGGCUGUGAGUGAACCUCGGCUAAACAUCACAAAGUUAGAACGGUAGACGCUGGAAAAUACUACAAAGCCUCUUAUAUUCAAUUAAACGGACAGAUACAGCUGAGAAUCAAGGUUUUAGUGCCUCUAACUUUCUUCAAUAUGUACAUGGUUAAUUUUUUUAGCCAAUAUGGUUUGUUUGAUGGACAUAAUAUCACCCAGUGUCAUGAGGAUGUUAAACAUCUUUCCAGAUGUUCUAAAGGUCCCAGCAUUAAACACUUUCACACUGGGACUCUUAAUCAGGCUCCUACCACAACACAAUUUUGCGCGUGUGUGGAUAUGCAGAAAUGAGUGAGGGCGUACAAACUAUAGAAAGACAAAAAAUCUGAACAUGGUUAAGGAAGAACUAUUUAUAUGCAAGUACCGGUAUAUAAUUAUCUUGUUU